GAUUUGGCAACUAUUGCAUAUUUCCACACCCAGGACUUGUUACAGGCACCAACCUGUCACUUUUUCUCUUGUAAUAUAAUUUAUUAUUUCCAAAUGUUUUCUUUACAAUCUGAAUGUCUGUGUAAAUGACUGUAGAGUUGGCCAGGACAGAGAACGGAUGCCACACUGUAUAAGGACGAUGGCAACUGAAUGCGAUCUGACUGCAGGGUUAAGAAACCUGACUGCCUAUUACACCGCUGACAUCUUGUCUGAACCCAUGCAGGCCGUCUCCUCUGAUCUGGUUGAGUUCCCUCAUGUCAGCUCUGAGAAAUACUCCCCUUACUAUGACACUGCUAUUGGCAGACCAGAGUUUAAAAUAGAAGUAAGCAGCGACAAAAGGAAGACAACGCUGCAUGUGGCGGACAUCCCCACGUCUCUCUUUAAUGAGGAUAAAAAGAGACUGAAUAUUCAGGAUGUUUUCGGAGACACCCUGCAGUAUAAAAUUACCUAUAGGAAAGCCAAGAGCACAGGAAAGAAAGAGAAGAUCAGUAAAAGCAGCAUCAUUGAGCUGACGGAUUUGGACCAAGAGAGUUACUGUUUUUAUGUUCAGGCCUUGCUACCUUUCCGUGCUCAAGACAAACAACACGGGGGAGAUCGCAACAUCCAGUGCUCUUCGAAGCAGCCCUUAGCUGGGUAA